AUGUACUGUGCUCCGUUCCUGAUACUUAUCGUUGCCUUCGCAAACCAAUGUAACGCUUAUAAUAUCCUGGAUGGACUUUUUAAGAUUAAUGGAAAUGAAGACCUUGGUAAAUGUGUUGUCUGUACUCUUGUCUACGAUGUUAUCUCAUUCUUCGAUAAGAGUCUAUUUAGCCAAGAUACUGAAAUGAGUAUACUGCAAUCGCUUGCUGAAACCUUAUCCAAAAUACCGCUUGUAGACGUCUCGGAUGUAAUGCCAAAAGUUAAACAAUUAUUUGAUGCUGUUUUUGCUGGUUUCCGAGAUUCAUUAGGUGGACUGUAUAAUCUGAUUGGUGUCAAAGUUUUCGACUGUCUAGAUAGUUCAGAAUUGGUAAAACAGUGCCUUUAA